AUAUCAGCUGAUCGAGGUGUUUUUGAUGGAAGUUGCCGUCGGAGCAGUGUAGGGUUUUUGUUUUUUGUUGUUGUGUCGCGCUGAUGAUAAACAUCAGUGGGACUGAACCGUUAGCGCAGGCUUCAGAAGGGCGACUGACCGUGAGGCGGGCAGAGGGCGCGGAGGCGCUAUGAGCAGGCUGGGCUCGGCGGUGUGAAAUUGGCUGCUGAAGCUCAGUGAAGAAAGAAAACACGGCGAGGCGAGUCGCUGUGCGGGUGUGUGCGCGCGCGCUGAAUCCGUUAGCGAAUGUAAAUACAGUGGUGUGAGCGGAAAGGCAGAUAAACUCCGCAGCUGGGGGCAUUACCUGCUAGCAGCUCAAUUACUACACCAGAGUGAAUAACAUAGAAAGAGAGAAAGAAAAAGGUGUUUUUUCAGUCCAGGAGGGCGAAUCGCUUGUCCUGUGUGUGUGUGAUGUUGGCAGUGUUGGGGUUCAGAGAGGCUGUGUGCUUUAGGAAUCUUUCUCUCGAAUGAUUUUUAAUGUUCGUAACAUAGAGGAAAGACAACCUGUAACCAUUCGCCAUAUUUAAAAAGAAAGUUAGUAUUUGCGCCCCUUUGUAAUGUUAAGUAUGUAUUUGUGAGUCUGUGUGCAUUAGGUGUCUGUUGUGUGGUGCGGAUGUGUGUAAGAAUGCGGACAGCGCGCUGCGGCGGUCUGCAGCCCUGAGUGUGAAACGCGGUUGAUGUGCAGGUGGAACUGACGCUUGUGUGACGGUAGUUUUUAGUGUGAGAGAGAAAAGGUCCAGCUCUGGCCCAGUCCGAGAAGCCCGCUGAAAACCCAAUGCUGGAUCUGGAGGUGGUUCCUGAGCGCUCUUUGGGAAAUGAACAAUGGGAAUUCGCAUUAGGAAUGCCAUUGGCCCAGGCCAUUUCCAUCUUGCAGAAGCACUGCCGAAUUAUCAAGAAUGUCCAGGUGCUCUACAGCGAACAGAUGCCACUCAGUCACGACCUCAUACUCAACUUGACUCAGGAUGGAAUUAAACUGCUGUUUGAUGCCUGGAAUCAGAGACUGAAGGUCAUUGAAGUGUAUGACUUGAGCAAGGUGAAACUGAAAUACUGUGGCGUACAUUUUAACUCUCAGGCAAUAGCACCCACCAUAGAGCAGAUUGACCAGUCCUUUGGCGCUACUCAUCCAGGAGUUUACAAUGCUGCCGAACAGCUCUUCCAUCUGAACUUCCGAGGUCUCUCGUUCUCCUUUCAGUUAGACUCAUGGAGCGAAGCCCCGAAAUACGAGAUUCCUCAUGGAGCUACAGUGAAGAGGAUGUAUAUUUACACUGGAAACAACCUUCAAGAAACCAAGGCUCCUGGGAUGCCUCUGGCCUGCUUUCUCGGUAAUGUGUAUGCAGAAUGUGUGGAUGUUCUGAGGGAUGGAACAGGGCCUCUGGGUCUCAAACUGCGGAUCCUCACAGCAGGGUGUGGUCCAGGAGUGUUGGCUGAUGCAAAAAUGCGUGCGCUGGAAAGGAACAUCUACUUUGGUGAUUCGUGUCACGAUGUUCUCAGCGCUCUAGGCUCCCCACAUAAAAUUUUCUACAAGUCCGAGGACAAGAUGAAGAUCCACUCUCCUUCUCCACACAAGCAAGUCCCAUCCAAGUGUAAUGACUACUUCUUUAACUACUUCACCCUGGGAGUGGACAUACUGUUUGACUCGACAACCCACCUGGUGAAGAAGUUUGUUCUUCACACCAAUUACCCCGGCCAUUACAAUUUCAACAUAUACCAUCGAUGUGAUUUUAAGAUUCCACUUAUCGUUAAAAAAGAUGGACCUGAUGCUCAGGAGGAAGACUGCAUCCUCACCGCCUACAGCAAGUGGGAUCAGAUUCAGGAGUUAUUGGGACACCCUGUGGAGAAACCAGUGGUGCUUCAUAGGUCAUCAUCUGCUAAUAACACCAAUCCCUUUGGAUCAACAUUCUGCUACGGGCUGCAGAGGAUGAUCUUUGAGGUGAUGCAGAAUAACCACAUAGCAUCAGUGACCCUGUACGGUGCCCCUCGCCCUGCCAGCCUCCCACGUGCCGAGCCAAGCGCUCACUGAGAUUCACGUCCUGCCCAGUAGGGCCCACCAGCGCAGUGUGCCUUCCCUCACUGCUGCCAUCACACAAGCUAGAGAGCCACGUGUUGGGAGCUCCCCAGCCAUCAUCCUUCUGCUGCACACCAGGAUGGAUUUCCCUCCCUUACCCCCUUUACGGAAACACCCACAACCGACUGCAUUGCUCCUGCGUCCUCCAUCUGUGUCAGCGUCAGCAUAGCACAGUGAAGCUUUUACACACACGCAUUUGUAACUCUAAGUAUUGUGCGCAUACAUUAACAGGUUUAGAGAAGCUAUGAUGGGUCUAUAUUUGUCCGACAGACACCACAGAGCGAAUGUGACCUGCAUUUUAUCACUGGAUGCUGUACUGUGCAUUACACCCUCUUUAGACACACACUCUGUUCAUUUCAGUACGGCAGUGAUGGCACACACAACUCGCACAUGGCGCGACAGCAUCCACUGCAUGAAUAAAGUGUUGCUUUAUGGAUAUUUUUUUUUUAAGUUAGGACUGUGUGGUGUGCAUUAUUCCAAGCGCAAAUUAGUUGCACAGUGAUGGUGUCUCAGUGCUGUGAAUGUUUUCUUGGCACAUGAGUUUCUCACGUACAGACGUCAGCGUACGCGGCAUGGGUCUUCUGCCUGUGCAGUGCAAUCUUCAGCUUAGCAUUACACUACCGUUCAAAAGUUUGGGGUCACCCAGACAAUUUUGUGUUUUCCAUGAAAAGUCACACUUUUAUUUCCCACCAUAAGUUGUAAAAUGAAUAGAAAAUAUAGUCAAGACAUUUGUUCUGGCCAUUUUGAGCAUUUAAUCGACCCCACAAAUGUGAUGCUCCAGAAACUCAAUCUGCUCAAAGGAAGGUCAGUUUUAUAGCUUCUCUAAAGAGCUCAACUGUUUUCAGCUGUGCUAACAUGAUUGUACAAGGGUUUUCUAAUCAUCCAUUAGCCUUCUGAGUAGGGUUGCCAACUGUCCCGAUUUGCCCGGGACGUCCCGAAUUUUAGGUGAAUUUAAUUUGUCCCGCGAGGAACAGCUCCCGUCCCGUAUUCCAAUCGCAGUCGCAGUUUUUGGUGAAAUAUGGAAUGCUAUGGUGUAAAUCGCGUUAUUACCGUGAGUCGCGGUCAUCUGCGAUUUAAAAUCAUUCACUGUCAAAGGCUGCCAUAGCCUGAAUUUUUAAGCUAUACUGACAAAAUAGGCAUCAAAUUAAACUAGAGCAGAUGGUGCAGCCAGUGGAUACAGCCUAACUGUUCGAUAAGAAUAGCAGAUAGCUUAAAAAAAACCUUCCGAAACAGGAUAGACCUCAGCCUAUAGAAGGGGAGCUUUUCUGCCUCACUCCUGCCUUUGUGAUGUCUGUCUCUCUCUUCUUCUGCUAUGAAGCAUUGCAGAAGGUUCUUAGGGUUUUCAAAUGGACAGUUAAGCAAAUAUCAGGGUUUUACAGCUACAGCAAAUCAUUUUUCAGGUUAUGACAUUACCUUCAUAAAUAUGGCCUGAUGAAUUAUUUGGCCAAAGUUUUAAGAGAGAAAAAUGAGACAAUAAUAUUAGAAUUGUUUAUUUUGCAUUAAGGCGGCACGGUGGUGUAGUGGUUAGCGCUGUCGCCUCACAGCAAGAAGGUCCUGGGUUCGAGCCCCGUGGCCGGCGAGGGCCUUUCUGUGCGGAGUUUGCAUGUUCUCCCCGUGUCCGCGUGGGUUUCCUCCGGGUGCUCCGGUUU